GGAAUGAAUCAGUUCCGUCUAUAUUUAUCGUUUGUUCAACCUUAUAUAUACUGAUGAGCAGUCUUUCGAGCUGCAUAAUUGCAUAUAGAGUAGCUGUGAGCAUUCAAGGCAACGCAACGAUGGCCUUGCAGGUUCCAUUUCUGCUCAGUCUUUCCUCUGUCCUCGCCGCAUGGAUCUAUUCUGAAUUCCUGGGAUUCAGGGCAUCAUCGUCUCAUGAAAAAGUCCACCCGGAUGCUUACUUGAGUAAUGAAACCAUCAAACAAGAUGACAGGGCAGUGCUACUUGAAGGAAGCCAAUCCAAACUGCCAUCCCGGAACAACUCUGCCAAGGCAAAUUUAAUAAGGUUCAUAACAUUGAAUGAGUCCUUUCUGCUUGAAAACCAGGGCGUACUGAGAGCCAUGUCUGAAUUUGGCAUUAUUCUGGUUUACUUUUACAUCUGUGAUCGGACAAACAUAUUUGCAGAAAGCAAGAAGAGCUAUAACCGCGACAUGUUUCUGUUUUUAUACAUUCUUCUUAUCAUCGCGUCAAUACUUACUUCGCUUAAGAAGCACCAUGAACCAUCAGCAAUUUCAGGAAAGUCCAUUCUCUAUCUUAAUCGCCACCAAACUGAUGAAUGGAGAGGAUGGAUGCAGGUAUUAUUUCUGAUGUACCACUAUUUCGCUGCCUCAGAAAUAUACAAUGCAAUUCGUGUGUUCAUUGCUUGCUAUGUCUGGAUGACUGGAUUUGGGAAUUUCUCAUAUUACUAUAAAAAGAAAGAUUUUAGCAUUGCAAGAUUUACUCAGAUGAUGUGGAGGGUUAAUUUCUUCGCAGCAUUCUGUUGCAUUGUCCUUGACAAUGAUUACAUGUUGUAUUAUAUCUCUCCAAUGCACACCCUAUUUACUCUAAUGAUAUACGGAUCGCUCUUUCUGUUCAACAAGUACAAUGAGAUACCAUCAGUAGUGGCUAUUAAGAUUGCUUGUUGCUUUUUGACUGUCAUUUUGAUAUGGGAAAUUCCUGGGGUAUUUGAAAUUUUGUGGGCACCAUUAACAUUUCUGAUUGGCUACAAAAAUCCAGAGCAUUCAAAGGUAAACUUGCCCCUGUUGCACGAGUGGCAUUUCCGUUCUGGCCUUGAUCGAUACAUAUGGAUCAUUGGAAUGAUCUAUGCCUACUUUCACCCUAAUGUUGAAAAAUGGAUGGAGAAGCUGGAAGAAUCUGACACUAAGGUUAGACUGUCAAUCAAGGGAACCAUUGUGACAAUUUCCUUGAUGGCUGGCUAUCUGUGGUACGAAUAUAUCUACAAGCUGGACAAACUUACAUACAACAAGUACCAUCCCUACACCUCAUGGAUUCCUAUAACUGUUUAUAUCUGCCUACGCAAUUGCACCCAAAAGUUGAGGAGUACCUCUUUGGCUCUUUUUGUUUGGCUAGGCAAAAUUACAAUGGAGAGUUAUAUUUCUCAGUUCCACAUUUGGCUCAGGUCUGGUAUUCCAAAUGGACAGCCAAAGUUGCUUCUAUCCUUCAUACCAGAUUACGCGUUGCUGAACUUUUUGCUUACUACAACGAUAUUUCUUUUAAUAUCAUACCGGGUGUUUAAGCUCACAAACAGUCUGAAAGAGGCUUUUAUCCCCACUAGGGACAACAAUCGUCUAUAUCAAAAUUUUAUCGCUGGGACUGCAAUCUUUAUUGGCCUAUAUUUCUGCUCAUUUAUUAUUGAUAAAAUACCAAUUGUAUAGAUAAGAAAAGGACUACAAUUACAGGAGUUGAAGUUAGCUACUCUUUCUUGAGCUAUGUAUACUCAACUCAGAUAGCACAUUAUUGCUUUUCCAGGGAUGAAGAAGUUCCAAAUAAAUGAACUUAAUAAUAGUUCAUGGGGCAAACCUAUUGGUUGAUAUAA